AUGGCUGUCAAUGGCGAGGUCGAAGGGCCUUCGGUCAAUGUACCGGCAGAGACCUUCGAUACCAUCCUGGUUCUCGACUUUGGCUCGCAAUACUCACAUCUCAUUACACGACGAUUGCGUGAACUGAAUGUCUACUCCGAGAUGCUCCCAUGCACACAAAAGAUAGCGGACCUACACUUCCAGCCAAAGGGUAUCAUCCUAUCAGGCAGUCCUUACUCGGUCUACGAGGAGGGCGCACCGCACGUGGAUCCGGCCGCCUUCGAACUCGGUGUUCCGAUCCUGGGUAUAUGCUAUGGACUACAAGAGUUGGCUUGGCAUUUCGGCAAGAACGUUUCUGCAGGCGACAAGAAGGAGUAUGGUCAUGCCUAUUUGCAGAUCGAGCGACAUGCGGGCAAGGAGGAGCAUAUCGACCGUCUCUUCGAUGCCAUUGAGGACGACAUCGAAGUAUGGAUGAGUCACGGUGACAAACUAUCGAAGCUGCCGGAUGGAUUCCGUCCCAUCGCAAGUACCGCAAAUGCGCCUUUCGCAGGUAUUGCCAGCACGGAGAAGCCGUACUUUGGCAUUCAAUUCCACCCUGAGGUGACGCAUACACCAUGUGGUACCAAACUCCUCGAAAACUUUGCAGUCAAAAUAUGCAAAGCCCGACAAGAUUGGACCAUGGAUAAGUUCGUGGACAAAGAAAUCGAGCGCAUUCGGGCCCUGGUUGGUCCGAAGGGACAAGUCAUAGGUGCCGUGAGCGGAGGAGUCGACUCGACGGUUGCCGCCAAACUGAUGCAAGAAGCUAUCGGAGAUCGAUUUCAUGCCGUGCUUGUCGACAACGGUGUCCUUCGUCUGAACGAAGCUCAGACAGUCAAAGAGACGCUGACAAAACACCUUGGAAUUAACCUCACCGUCAUUGACGCAUCUGACCUGUUCCUUGGAAAGCUCAAAGGAGUCACGGACCCGGAAACGAAGCGAAAAAUCAUCGGCAACACUUUCAUCGAGGUGUUCCAGGACAAGGCCAAAGCAAUUGCGGAGGCCGCAGCAAACUCACCCAGAGCCGGAGAGAUCGAAUGGCUGCUCCAAGGCACUCUGUACCCUGAUGUGAUUGAGAGCAUCUCGUUCAAAGGCCCGUCUGCCACCAUCAAGACUCACCACAAUGUUGGUGGUCUUCUGAAAGAUAUGCACCUCAAGCUCAUUGAACCCCUCCGGGAACUAUUCAAGGAUGAAGUCAGAGUACUGGGGACUAAUCUGGGAAUUCCCGAGGACUUGGUCUGGCGACAUCCCUUCCCUGGCCCAGGUCUCGCCAUCCGCAUUCUUGGAGAAGUGAACGAAUCACAGCUCAAGAUUGCACGGCAUGCCGACAAGAUCUUCAUCGAUGAGAUUGUGGCCAGCGGCCUGUAUAGAAAAAUCUCACAGGCCUUCGCCGCGCUCCUGCCCGUCAAGGCAGUUGGGGUCAUGGGCGACAAGAGAGUACAUGCGCAGGUGAUCGCCUUGCGAGCUGUCGAGACGUCGGACUUCAUGACUGCCGACUGGUUUCCCUUCGAUGGCGAGUUCCUGAAGCGAGUGAGCAGGAGAAUAGUCAAUGAGGUCGACGGGGUCUGUCGAGUGCUUUACGACGUUACUAGCAAACCUCCAGGGACGAUUGAGAUGGAAUAG